AUGUCAGACAUUUCGAUUCUCCGACCCAGCGGGCUAGCUCACGUCGUCUUCAGAACGGCCAACAUCAAAGUUAUGGUGGAAUUCUGGUCCAGAUUCCUGGGCGCGGAGCGAGUGUUCGAGAAUGAGUUCAUUGCUUUUCUUCGGUAUGACGAUGAACAUCACCGCAUUGCUAUCAUAAACGACAAGAGCACAGGCCCUCACUCGGCAACCGCAGCUGGACUUCACCAUGUGGCCUUUACCUACGACACACUCCAGGGUCUUCUCAAAGCCUGGGAGCUGAGAGAGAAGCUUGGCAUCAAACCGACCUGGUGUGUCAACCAUGGCCCUACAACCAGUGUUUACUACAAAGACCCGGAUGGAAAUGCGAUUGAGACUCAGGUCGAUAAUUUUGACACGGUCGAGGAGGCGAAUGAGUUCAUGACUUCCAAAUUCUUCCAGGAGAAUCCCAUCGGGACAGAUAUUGAUCCGAACGAGCUGCUUCGCCAGCUAGAGGCCGGUGGGGCUGAGAAGGCCUUAAAGCGACGGAUUGAGAUUGGCAUUCGACAUGAUAUUCCUGCAGCAGUGUGA